GUCAGCUGCCACAAUGCAGAUUUUUGUGAAAACCUUCACCGGCAAAACCAUCACCCUUGAGGUGGAGCCGAGUGACACAACUGAAAAUGCCAAGGCAAAAAUUCAGGACAAGGAAGGCAUUCCUCCUGAUCAGCAGCUUCUGAUCUUUGCGGGAAAACAGCUGGAAGUUGGACGCACACUCUCAGACUACAAUAUCCAGAAAGAGUCCACCCUUCACUUGGUGCUGCAUCUCCAUGGAGGAAUCAUUUAG